AUGUGUCAUCUGCCUGUGGGAGUCGAGCAUCAAGCUUUCUGGGGGAUCAAACAAAUGAACCUGAAUGCCGAGUCUGGUGCUGAAGAGAGGAGAUUGCAGCUACAAGAGCUUGAGGAGCUCCGCCAUGAUGCUUACGAUUCUUCCAUGUGGUAUAAGGAAAAGACAAAGAUGUGGCACGACAAGAACCUUCGCAAGAAGGAGCUCAAGGUGGGCCAGAAAGUGCUACUUUUCCAGUCAAGACUCAAGCUGAUGCCUGGGAAGUUGCGGUCAAGGUGGAUCGACCCCUAUACCAUCAUCGCCAUCAGAGCAAAUGGAGCAAUCGAACUCCAAGGAAGCGAUCCUGAUUCGCCUUCCUUUUUGGUUAAUGGGCAUAGGGUGAAGCCAUAUAGAGAUGGAAUGGAGGCGUGUGUGGUGGACGACAUUCCACUGCUCAUGCCUAACUCUCGCCAGUGA